UUUGUCACUUGAAGCAGCAGCUAACUACAGCAACAACAUCCUGUUUCUGUCACGUGACUGCGUCUCAUUCUCACAUGACCAAGCGUGACGUAGCUGUGUCUGUCAACUGAGAAACCAGUGAUUUUUGAGCUGCAACGACAGGAGAGAAAACGGACCAGAUCUCAGGAUGGAUAUCCGAGGAGCGGUGGACGCUGCCGUCCCGACUAACAUCAUCGCCGCGAAAGCUGCGGAGGUGCGGGCCAACAAGGUCAACUGGCAAUCCUACCUCCAGGGGCAGAUGAUCUCUGGAGAGGACUGUGAGUUCAUCAAGCGCUUUGAGAUGGCUCGUGCAGAAGAGAAACAGGCCAUUCUGUCCAACGAAGGGCAUCAGUGUGCGAAGACGUUCCUCAACCUGAUGGCUCACAUCUCUAAAGAGCAGACCGUGCAGUACAUCCUGACCCUCAUCAACGACAUGCUGCAGGAGAACCACCAGAGGGUGAACAUCUUCUUCGAUUACGCCAAGAAGACCAAGAGCACGGCCUGGUCCCACUUCCUGUCCAUGCUGAACCGGCAGGACCUGUUCACUGUCCACAUGGCGGCGACGAUCAUUGCGAAGCUGGCCGCUUGGGGUCGGGAGCUGAUGGAGGGAAGUGACCUGAACUACUACUUCAACUGGAUCAAAACCCAGCUCAGCUCCCAGAAGCUCCGUGUGACAGGUGUGUCAGGUGCAGAAAUGAUCGCCAUGUCUCACAGUGAGAGCUCCCAGUAUGUCCAGUGUGUGGCAGGAUGUCUGCAGCUGAUGCUGAGGAUUAAUGAGUACAGGUUCUCCUGGGUGGAGGCUGACGGGGUCACCUGCAUCACGGCGGUCCUGAGCAGUAAGUGCGGGUUCCAGCUGCAGUAUCAGAUGAUUUUCUGCAUCUGGCUGCUGGCCUUCAACCCCCAGCUGUGCGAGAGCCUGCGGCGCUACAACGUGGUCCCCGCGCUCUCCGACAUCCUGCAGGAGUCCGUCAAGGAGAAGGUCACCAGGAUCAUCCUCGCUGCGUUCAGGAACCUUCUGGAGAAGUCGGCGGAGCGGGAGACCCGGCAGGAGUACGCGCUGGCCAUGAUCCAGUGCAAGGUGCUGAAGCAGCUGGAGAACCUGGAGCAGCAGAAGUACGACGACGAGGACAUCUCCGACGACAUCACCUUCCUGCUGGAGCGGCUGGGAGAGAGCGUGCAGGACCUCAGCUCGUUCGAUGAGUACAGCUCGGAGCUGAAGUCCGGCCGGCUGGAGUGGAGCCCCGUGCACAAGUCGGAGAAGUUCUGGCGGGAGAACGCGGUCCGUCUGAACGAGAAGAACUACGAGCUGCUGAAGAUCCUGACCAAGCUGCUGGAGGUGUCGGACGACCCCCAGGUCAUCGCCGUGGCAGCGCACGAUGUGGGAGAGUACGUGCGGCACUACCCUCGAGGGAAGAGGGUGAUCGAGCAGCUGGGCGGUAAGCAGCUGGUGAUGAACCACAUGCACCACGAGGACCAGCAGGUCCGCUACAACGCCCUGCUGGCCGUGCAGAAGCUCAUGGUGCACAACUGGGAAUAUCUGGGCAAACAGCUGCAGUCAUCAGAGCAGCCCGCAGCCGUUUCUGCCAGGAGCUAAAGUGUGUGUGUGUGUGUGUGUGUGUGUGUGUGUGUGUGUGUGUGUGUGAGAGUGUGUGUGUGUGUGAGAG